AAAUUUUGCGACGUCCCGUUUAACGCUAGUCCACGACCUUCUAAUCAAAUGUAUUAUUAGCUUUAUGUUAUCGAAUUAUGUCGUUCGCCCGCAGACCUAGGCUCUUAUGCCUACUCUGCCAAUCGAGAGCUUUCAGCACCUCCUACCGUCUUCUAGCAGAGCAAGGCGCUGCCGCAAAAGCCGCCACAAAAACUAAUAACCACCAGUCGACUAAGGCGAAGACGGCGAAGACGACGACGACACCAAAUUCACCUGCACCGCCUAGAGUAAUUGCUCCUUCUCCGCUAGAAGAUGCGCCGAGAGGAUAUGGCAAGCGGCACGAGGAGUUCACGCCGAAGCCGCUAAGUCGGCCGAUAGGCAUGCCGCUACCGCCGCAACCGGGCGAGAAUACCGGCAUAGAUCACCGGACGUUGAAACAGCGUCGAGACGACUUCGUCAACUACGAUAAGCACUUAAAAAGACGAGAGGAACUGAAGAGCAAGAUGGCACGCCCAUAUUUCCGCGACUGGGGUAACUUAAGAUUCCACAAGGGAAAGACCUUCAUCGCGCCGCCGCGCAUGUUUAAAAGUGACCUCUCCCUGUUCUUCCCGAACGUAUACGGCCGGACUCUAUUAAAGAGCGAUACCGACCCCCGCGACACGACCCCUACCUUGAAGGGCAAAAUCUCGGUCGUUAGCGUAUUCAGCAACGUGUGGGCUGAGAAUCAAGUCAAGACGUUCGUGGAUAAAAAAAGCAAUCCCAUGCUCGACCAUUUACUAGAGCAAAAUAAGCAACUGGCCCAACGGGUCUGGAUCAACAUCGAGGAGAAUUCGCUCAAGGCGUUUCUGAUAAAGCUUUUCUUAGGUGGUAUUAGGAGGCGAAUUGGUGAGCCGAAUUGGGGUCGGUACUUUAUCGUGCGAAAGGGAGUCUCGGAUGAGAUUCAAGAGAGCAUUGGCCUGCUGAAUAAAAGUGUCGGCUACGUAUACCUCGUUGAUAGCCAGUGUAGGAUACGAUGGGCUGGCAGUGGUCCUAGCGAAGCUGACGAACGUGAGGGAUUGGCUUACAGUAUUCAAAGACUGCUAGAUGAAGAGAAAAAGAUGAAGGGAAGUUGAAAUGGAAGCUAUGUAUCAUUAUAUACUCUAAAUUAAAACGAUACCCACCUCCCUUUAAUGUGUCAAGAAGGUGAAUAAGUGGCUUGACGCUAACGGAAUCCAAAAACCCCUAUUGAAACAUGAUGAUGCCAAUCGUAACGUCAAUUCUUAUCUCUCAACAGACUUCGU